AAACGAAGAGACGCCAAUGUAUGGCGAUUUGACAGAUAACAAUAACGUACUGGGAGGGCACUUCCUAGUUGUUUCUCAACCGAACUGAUUGAGUUAGCAAGUGAGCCGCCAGAGGUGUGAUAGACGGUGACAUGGCGAGUUAUUCGUACGGUCAGGGAUACCAGGGCUCUGGAGGACAAGCUCCUGGGGCGCCUCAAGGGGGCUAUAAUCCUGGACAACAAUAUGGAGGAGGUGGCCCUACUGGCCAGCCUGCGUAUGGUGGUUCUGCACCAGGUGCACCAUAUGGACCUCCUCAAGGUGGUAGUUAUGGACAGCCAGCGGCCGGGGGUACAGCACCUGGGGGACCUGGAGGUACUUAUGGAAGCCAUGCUCCUGGGGGACCUUAUGGUGUACCAGCAUCCAAUCCUUAUGGAGCUCCUCAACAAGGCCAGUAUGGACAAGCUCCUUCAGGGAAUAUACCACCAGGCGUUAACCCAGAAGCUUAUUCCUGGUUCCAGACUGUGGACAGUGACAGGAGUGGGUCUAUAACAUUAAAAGAGCUCAAACAAGCACUGGUUAACUCAAACUGGUCAACAUUUAAUGACGAAACCUGUACCAUGAUGCUAAACAUGUUUGAUAGGGGUCAGUCUGGUAAGGUUGAUCUGUUUGGAUUUUCGGGUCUGUGGACAUACCUUCAGCAGUGGAAAAGUCUGUUCCAGCAAUAUGACCGAGACAGGUCUGGCUCUAUUAGUUAUACAGAACUGCACCAAGCUCUUUCCCAGAUGGGAUACAGUCUGAGUCCACAGUUUGUGCAGCAAGUGAUGACCCGAUAUGCUCCACGCUCAGCCAACAUGACCUUGCAGCUAGAUGGCUUCAUACAGGUCUGUACCAGGCUGCAGAGUAUGACCGAAUCAUUCCGUGAAAAGGAUACAACACGAUCCGGCAGUGUACGACUAAGCUAUGACGACUUCCUCACCGUGUUUGUGGGACGCCUUCUUUAAAAUCAUGAGAGCUGUGAAACCUCAAGUUCAUGUUCCUUUAACGUACUGUAUAUCCUUACCCCACGUGAUGAACAGAUGCUUACAUUUAAAGAGAUGCCGUGGCAAUUCCUGUGUACACAAACCAUGUUACAUUUUCUGUCAGUCUGAUUCCUGUAAAUAGACCUAAAUAUUGCCAACCUGUAUUUAACCUCUUUUUACCUAUAUUCUUCCUACCAAAUUGUACAGCACUUUUGUAAUAUGUAGGGUUAUAAUCUAGAAAGUGUCUCGCAUACAAGUAUGCAUAAUCUCGCUCUUUUAGAUAACAUUGGUACGUAAUAUUAUGAUGCUUACUAUUUACUAAACCGCUUUUUUGAGAGCUUGAGCACUGCACAAAUGACCCUAUUGCAUUUAUAAUGAAAAAUGCAUUCAAAAUUAAAGUCCAACUUAAACCAAAACUUUUCUUCAGUUUUGGACAGAGUAAGAAAAGGAUAGAGCCUUAAUCAGUUUUUUUUUUUUUUUUUUGUGAAGUCUCUGUAUGCAUUGGGAAGUUCCCAUCAUUUUCUUUUGUGAUAAAAAGCGAUGGGAAAUCUUUCCAGUGGGGACACAGACUGCAAUAAUAUACAUUUUUCAGUAAUGUGGUGACGGGUUAGAACUUCUGGCAGGUUAGUAUUUACACCUCUGUGUUUCUGUCUACCUUAAUUUUAUAUUGUGAUGUAAGAGGGAACGAAAGUCAGGUGAAAUUUCCCCAACAGGGUCACGUACAGCAGGAAAAAUAUGACAGAAUUAUUUACUCUUCCCUAGUUUAUUCAGAAUGAAAAAAAAAAUGUUGGCUGGAUUUGGGCUUCAAAUUUGGAUUAAUUUUAUUAAUAAAUUUGAGUACUUGAUUUUAAAUGAUCAGUAGAUGUUAUUUUCUAAAUAUUAUAGUUGUAUUUGGCUUGCUAUAAAAAAAGAUAUAGUUAUGAAUGACGGGUGCAAUUCCAAACUGGUUUACAUUUUAGCAGUUACUGUAUAUAUGCCAGCUUUAUGUUCAAGCUGCUCUGUUAUAUUUGUGUUCAUAUUGGCUAUUAUACAUCGGCUUCAGAGUCAGACGCAAGUAAAAUACAGAAAAAAGA